AUGCUGGGUGUCUGGUUUCCGACCAUCCUCACGCCAUUAAUGCAGCCAAAAUUGCUUUCCAAAUCGGGAGGCUUUGAGAUGACACAAAGACUCCAGAAAAUAGAUCUCUACGAGGCCAGGCGUCGCGGGAGUCUCCGGGGAGCAGGAGCCGAGGACCAGAGGAGCCGAGGAGCCGAGAACCAGAGGAGCCGAGAACUAGAGGAGCCGAGGACCAGAGGAACCGAGAACCAGCGGAGCCGAGAACCAGAGGAGCCGAGGACCCGAGGACCAGAGGAGCCGAGAACCAGAGGAGCCGAGGACCAGAGGAGCCGAGAACCAGAGGAGCCGAGGACCAGAGGAGCCGAGAACCAGAGGAGCCGAGAACCAGAGGAGCCGAGGACCAGAGGAGCCGAGAACCAGAGGAGCCGAGAACCAGAGGAGCCGAGAACCAGAGGAGCCGAGGAGCCGAGAACCAGAGGAGCCGAGGACCAGAGGAGCCGAGGACCGAGAAUCAGAAGAGCCGAGAACCAGAGGAGCCGAGGACCAGAGGAGCCGAGGACCAGAGGAGCCGAGGACCAGAGAAGCCGAGGACCAGAGAGCCGAGAACCAGAGGAGCCGAGAACCAGAGGAGCCGAGAACCAGAGUAGCCGAGGACCAGAGGAGCUAAGGAACGGAAGACCCGAGGACCAGAGGAGCCGAGGACUAGAGGAGCCGAGAACCAGAGGAGCCGAGGAACUGAGGACCAUAGGAGCCGAGGACUAG